AUGGAUGAGGCGCCGCAGGUCCAAGCCCCAGCAGAGACCAACAAUGUCGAAGCGGAGGUUUCCACGCAGCCAGUGAAUGGCACCCAACCACCCCGAGCGGAGGAAGACAGCUUGCCAGAUGCACCCAACCCAAACCCCACGACUCCUGCGAAAAGAAGCUCCCGCAAAUUCCUCGAGUGUGUUUCCCUCUCUCCUUCUCCACUCAAUCAUCCAGCUGCUCCCGCCCCAAUGGCGUACCCUCUCCCAUCCCAGUCGGGGCUCACCUCCCUGAGUUUUCUGACAUCCCCCAUCGUCGAGAUCGUGGUCGGCCAAGGCGACAAUGAGACAGUCCUGACCGCUCACCAAAGUCUUCUCCACGACUCACCCUUCCUCGCGGAGUUUGUCUCCAACUUUGAAGCUUCCGGCCCGCGGCGCAUCCACCUACCAAACGAGAAUGUCGAAGCGUUCGCCUGCUUCCUGCAGUUCCUAUACACUCGCGACUACUCCGUCUCGAGCUCCGGGAGCCCAGGGACCGAUGCCAGCGCAGACGAGUCGGAGAACCAUCUACUUCGGCAUGCGUGGGUCUACACACUGGCCGAGAAGCUUGACCUGCCAGCCCUGAAAAACUUGGCCCAUUCCAAAAUUCACCGGGUCAAUUCAACCCCCCGCGGCGAGCUCUUGUAUGCCCGCUACGUCUACACCACUACCCCGGCGGACGAUGUCACACUUCGAAAGCCCAUUGCGAGAUUCUGGGCCUCUCAGAGCCAUGUGCUGCGGCAUGAAGUCGAGGAUACUUUCAAAAAGCUGUGCAUUGAGGUUCCCGAGUUCGGCUUUGAUGUCCUGACCCUAGUUUUGGACAAGACAGAAAAGAACAACCAUGGUAAUGUGGAGGCUGGCGCCAAAGGGAGCACGCGAAAGCGCCUGCGCAGUGGUAUUUGA